AUGGGAGAUAAGAAAGGAAAAGAAGCUCCAAAAGGUGAUGCUAAACCAGUAAUUAAACAAGAAGUACCACCACCACCAACAGUAAAUUCAUCUGAGUACACUGCUUUACUUCGUAACAAACCAUUUACCGAAUUCAACAAAUAUCCAGCUGCAUUUUACGAUACAUUAAAGACACAAACAUUUGAAUCAGCUGCACCAUUCCACGACAAGCCAUUGAGAGAAAGCUAUGAAGAAAUUCUCAAUGAAUUUAAUGCGGCUGCUCCAGGUGACUUAGUUAGAAACCCAACACAGGCUAUUAUUGACUUCGGUCAAUACAUUAGGGCUAAUAUUAACCCAGAAGUCUUCAAAUUCAUUGCUAACUGCUGGCCACCAACAAUUCCAGCAAAUGGCUCCGAUCUUUACUGUCUUUUCCUCAUCAAGUUACUCCACAAGGCUAAGCAACCACAGGAGAUGCUUCAAUGGAUCGCACAAAUGAUUUUCCCAAUCAAUUACACAAAACCAAAUCCAAACCCACAUCUUGCCAUUUGCCGCUGCAAAAAAGGCAAGAAACCAGGUUUCUGGGCCGUUCUCGAUCAAAAUAAGAUCUUUUACAUCUUUACAUUUAAAGGAAAUGACCAACAAGAGGUUUUCAACGUCAAACCGCACAAAUUCCAAGUCGGCAAAGACCAGAUCUCUAUUGAAGUCAUGAACGAUAAAGGCAAAGCUCUCUGGAAGUUUAUUCCAGAAGAUCCAGCUCAAAUCCAGCUUUGGGAGCAUGUUCUUGAGACACCAGCACCAAUGAUCCAAUUCCAGACAUCAUUCAAGACACCAGCACCCGAUCAGUUCUACCAAGCUCUCUAUGCAACAGUAAUGAACGCAGAUUCCCACAUUUUACGUGCUCUUCUCAGCCCACAGAUCUCACAGCCAGACACUCCUGUUACCAGACGUGUUGUCGAGUCGUUUGCCCAUGUCUAUAACUAUGGUGGAAAGAUGAACGUCUUAAUUGAACAAGUUUUACUCUACGAUUUAACACAUCUUACAUGCACACUCAACGAAUACAUCUCCAAGCCAUCGCAUGCUAAGAAUCUCAUCCUCUUUAUCGUUAAGUACUACUCUACACCUUAUCUUAAGAAUUUCAUCACAAAGCUCGCAACUUUCAUUGAUGAAACUGGCAUCAGCGGUCUCGGUACACCAGAAGUUAACGUAGAAGGUGUUGAAAAACUCGUUAAUAAUGUUGUCAAAUUCAUUGCCCACUCAUAUUACCUUAUUCCAGAUCAGAUUCGUCAAGCAUUCAACAUUCUCCGUACAUAUCUCUCACUCAUCGCCAACAAUACGCUUUCAAUUUACCAAUUUAUUUCUGAGAUAUUCCUUAAAGACUUCCUUUACAGCAUUCUCUUAGAUAUCAAGAAAUUCGCACCAACUGUACAGCAUCCAGAAUACUUCCCACCACUUGCCCGUCUUCUUUACGUCAUUUUCUCGUUCGGAAAUCUCGAUGGCGAAUUUGCUCCACUUGAAAAGCUCGAGAAACGUCUUUUCAAGAAGCUUUACCCACUUCUCCUUGAGUUCGCCAUUACAAUUUCCGAUCAUCCAGAUAAUGAAGUAGAUUGGAUUGCUCCAAAGGCAGAUCCACUUGCCAGAGCAAUUGAAGACAUUGCAAAGGCCAUCACUUACAACCCACAGAAGUUCUCCAUGUGUCUUCAAGACGUCUACACCGUUGACCACGGACAAAGUCUUCUUGGCUCAAACUACGCAGGAAUGCUCAUCCAGUACUUCAUCCACCUCUACGACUCUACUCCAGUCGCAGUAGAGGGACCAGAAGAGAAGCCAAUGCACCACAAGCUGAUCAAGGCCGACCAGUUCAACAAGGAAGAGCUCAAGGACAAGAAGAUCAGAAAAGUCGUCAAAUACGACAAGAACGAGGCUGCUGCUCCUGGUUCUCCAGAUAAGCCAAAGAAGUACUACAAGAAGGUGACAAAGAAAGUUCCACGCAACCAAGUGGUUUGA